UGUAUGUCGCGCGGACUCACGGCCGGCACCCGGCACACGUGGUAAGAUUCGCUCAGAUUCGCCAAUACACGAGGACGCUCGUGCGUCCAUAACAAGUUGCAAAUUCGAAUUCCGAGAGAUUUCCCGAAACACUUUUGCAUCUAUAUAUAGAACUGAAUUUAUCUGCGUACACCUCUUUGUCCCUCUCCGAGCGAGAGGGUGUAAGAGAGGGAGCAGGCGCGUGGAGUCGCUGGCGACCUCGUGCAUCGUAGACGAACCAGUGGAAAGGAGUUUGGACCGGGAGGACCUAUCGGAUAAUCAGCGGCCCUUUUGCUGCCAACUACGGGUGUCAAGGAAGUCCUUACACAGCAGGUGUAGUCACGUGUAAACUUCUUGAAAAAGAUACAGAAUAGCUCUAAAAGGGCGUGACUCCUGGGGACGCAAGAUGUCGUAUUCAAAUCGGUUUCCCUCGUCUCAAAAUACUCGAUAUCGUAGCAGCUGGGGUCCAUCUUCCGUUUCUGUGUUUCAUCGAGCCGACGUUCCCAGACCUUCCCUGGAAGAAAAAGAAUUUGCCGAAUUUUAUCACGAAAGACUACACACAGCUCAAAUCAGGCAACUUAUGCCGCUGCAAGAGGAUCUAGCUGAUUGGAUCAACAAAACUUUAAAUAUUGAUUACAUAACAAGUGACAAUUUUUUUGAGUCGCUGGACAAUGGAGUGGUGGUUUGCCGAUUGGCAAGAGUCAUUCAAGAAAAAGCAAGAUCUGCCGUCGAUGCUGGGAAAGUAAAAGGACCAAUACCGGUGAUACGUGGAAGAUGCUGGGAAAAAGCAGCACGCCGAAGUUUCUUUUCACGUGAUAACAUGGAGAAUUUUAUACAGUUUUGUCGACGACUUGGUGUUCAUGAGAAUCUACUUUUUGAAAGUGAUGACUUAGUGCUUCACGGUCAGCCCAGAAACGUAAUACUUUGUUUGCUGGAAGUUGCCAGAUUUGCUGCAAGAUAUUCCGUAGAACCUCCGGGGCUAGUACAACUGGAGAGGGAAAUUGCGGCAGAACAAGAAAGAGAUUUACACUGCCUUUCCGAUAGCGGAAUUUCACAUAGUAGUCUUGUUUCUUGGCAAUUUCAAACCAGAUCACCGACCCCAGCGCCUAGACCGCAACCUGACAAAAUUAAACACAGCAGUUCUGCUUCGGAGGUAACCGCAACAGCUGUAAGAUGGCUUGAUCCGUCUUCCCAUGCCACACUCGAAUCAGAAAUGCGACGAUCGGUUAGCGACAAUGGGCCAACCGGAAGUGACGGAGUUCCAAGUGAUACUACGGAAGAUGAUUGGUCCCGAGGAAGUGCGGAAGAUCCUGAUGAAGUUCUUUCGCCGUCGAGUUCACCUUCUCCUUCUCCUGCUGAACCUCCGGAACAUACAGGGCCGAUCACGGAACUCGACAGAAAGGUUCGACAAGCAACGGAAGCCAUGCAGAGACUCUGUCAGUGUCCUUCAAAUAAAUGCUCGAAAUUAAAAGUUCGCAAAGUUGGAGAAGGUCGCUACCACAUUGCUGGACGCAAUGUUUUUAUUAGGCUCCUGAAGGGCAGACAUAUGAUGGUGAGAGUAGGAGGCGGUUGGGAUACCUUGGAUCAUUUCUUGACCAGACAUGACCCCUGUCAGGUGAGGGUCCUUAGCCGCGAAAGCACGCCUCCACUUCACAGCAGCAAGCACACCAAUUUCCUUCACAUUCGCGCCAAGUAUCGCAGUCCGCCUUCAGAGCCAGUUUCGGCUCACAUAGCCUAAUCAGCACAGUGCCUAAUCAGCCAAUACUAGUUGUCAUCUGCACAUUCACCAUCCAACAUCACUUUCGCGAUCAUCCGUUCAAACUUGAUAUAUAAAGUACGCUCAUUCCAUAUGACAUUACAUGUAACAAUCGAUUACGUUCAUUGCAUAUAAUGGCGUAUUUGCCAAUACGAAGAAGUAUCUAUGUUUUAGCUAUUUCUUAACGUAUUAAGAGAAAAUGUUGUAACACAUUUUAUAACCCAAGUCUGACCAAGACUCAUAUGAAUUUAGCUAGAUUGGAAAAGGAUGUUAUGAUAUUUUCUAUUGAAUAGAUGUAUUUAUAUCCAGCUCCAAGUCACAAUUAGUGAUCUAAUUUAAUAUAAAAUGUACUUUUAUAUUACUUAAUUAUAUCAUGAGUACGAUAUUUAUGCGACCACCGUCCUGAUAAGUGCAUUCAUGUGGAUAGUGAAUGUGCAGUUAUAACCAUUUUCCUUAAUGCUAUAAAGCAUUUAUCGACACUAUAGCAUAUUUAUUCGUGCUAUUUACGAAUCACUUUUGCGAUCACAUUUUCGAAUGUUUCAAAUAUUUACAUAAUACCUGAACCUAUUUUCCUACACGCAGCACAUACGCAUUAUACGCAUAGGAAACGAGUAACAUCGUUUCGUAUUUGUGUAUUUAGAUGAGCCAAUAUUACUACAAUUAACUUAGCUGUAAUACACUCAGUGAUAUUAUUUUAUGCAUAGAUAGUAUUGAAUAAAACUUAUUAAAUAUCAAUUUUCCAGUUCUCUGAGCAAUAGGUGUGAAUGAGAAAAGGAAGUUCUGAAUUUAAAAAGUAUAUUAAUAAUACCACUGGGAAGAAAAGAGGGCCAUUGAUUUUGGAAGGAAAUAAUCAUUUUUAUGUCCAAUUACACAACAAAUGUGUGUUUUCUGUUAAUCGCAAUUUGAGGCAUGUUAUGUCAGUUUAAAAAAGUAGAUCCUUUUUUAUACAGUAUAUUAGGAUGUAUAUUGAUCCUAAUAUUAAGAACUUGUAUACUGAGAAUGCAAUUCAAUUUUGUAGGCCAUAGAAUCUCACACGAUGAGAAUGUAACUCCAUCAAUAUCGAAUAAUAAUUAUUGAUAUUAUUAUUUUCAUACUAGCGGCCGAAAUUUACAAAAUUUAAGUGAUUUCAUAGUAUUUUUGAAAAAUGUUAAAUUAUAUUUCCUUUCAAGAUAGUGCGAAUCCUAGUAAAUUAAUGCACAGAUAAUAGCUUUGUGAGAGCAAUGACCAAACUACUUUACAAUGGCAAAAUCUUAUAAUAGCCAGGGACAGCACUUAUUACAAAGCAAUGUAUAUUUUCGAAUAGCACUGUAGUCUUAGAAUAAGAAAGAGAAAUUAACGCCUCAGGAACCUGUAACGACGAAAAACUAAAUCGAAAAUCUUUAUUAUGUGCAUUUUUUUUACUGCUUUAUUAAUGAACAUUACAUACUGUUUGCAGGCAGUUAUUGUAAUGAGCAAUACAUUUCAUUAUAAACUGUCGUAUAUUACAUACCUGUAAUUUGUUUGCAGAUACAGGCAUGAAUUUUAAUUAAAAUUUUACGAAAUAGUGCAUCUGUUCAUUAAAUCUAUUUCGAAGCUA